GCAGGUGGGAGCGGGGCUGUUGAUAUCAAUAUGGCGGUUGUCAACCAGACAAAGACAGUCAGUCUGAUGUGAUUGAGACAAGGGAGGUUUUCAGGGGGAAACUGGGAGACAGGGGCCUCCCCUCCCCCUUGUGCUCUUCCUGCGCGGCCUCAGCCCUCCCAGCCCCUCCCGACGGGCGCCCCACGCGGAAGACACCCCUCCCCCUCCCGCCUCCCUCCUCCCUACCCCAGCCCUUCGCACCGGGACGUUGGGGAGGGGGCUGUGCCGGGCAAGAGAACUCGGCGAGGAUUCGGAGAAUGGUAAAGAACACUGAUCAUCUCUGGAAAACUUAUUGAUCCACCUCAUGUAAAGUAUGCUCAGUUCCUUUCCAGUGGUUUUGCUGGAAACAAUGUCUCACUAUACAGAUGAACCCAGAUUUACCAUAGAACAGAUAGAUCUGCUUCAGCGCCUUCGGCGUACUGGAAUGACUAAACAUGAAAUUCUCCAUGCCUUGGAGACUUUGGACCGUCUUGAUCAAGAGCAUAGUGACAAGUUUGGAAGAAGGUCCAGUUAUGGAGGAAAUUCAUAUGGGAACAGUACCAACAAUGUUCCAGCAUCUUCCUCUACAGCUACAGCCUCUACACAGACCCAGCAUUCGGGAAUGUCCCCAUCACCUAGCAACAGUUACGAUACCUCCCCACAGCCUUGCACUACCAAUCAAAAUGGGAGGGAGAAUAAUGAGCGAUUGUCUACAUCCAAUGGGAAGAUGUCACCAACUCGCUAUCAUGCAAACAGCAUGGGUCAGAGGUCAUAUAGUUUUGAAGCCUCAGAAGAGGACCUAGAUGUAGAUGAUAAAGUGGAAGAAUUAAUGAGGAGGGACAGCAGUGUGAUAAAAGAGGAAAUCAAAGCCUUUCUUGCCAAUCGGAGGAUUUCCCAAGCAGUUGUUGCACAGGUAACAGGUAUCAGUCAGAGCCGGAUCUCUCAUUGGCUGCUGCAGCAGGGAUCAGACCUGAGUGAACAAAAGAAAAGAGCAUUUUACCGAUGGUAUCAACUUGAGAAGACAAACCCUGGGGCUACACUGAGUAUGAGACCAGCCCCCAUUCCAAUAGAGGACCCGGAAUGGAGACAAACUCCUCCCCCCGUCUCUGCCACAUCUGGGACUUUCCGACUCCGACGAGGGAGUCGAUUUACCUGGAGGAAGGAGUGCCUGGCUGUCAUGGAAAGUUACUUCAACGAGAAUCAAUACCCAGAUGAAGCAAAGAGAGAAGAAAUUGCAAAUGCUUGCAAUGCAGUUAUCCAGAAGCCAGGCAAAAAAUUGUCCGAUCUGGAACGAGUUACCUCCCUGAAAGUAUAUAAUUGGUUUGCUAACAGACGGAAGGAAAUCAAGAGGAGAGCCAAUAUCGAAGCAGCAAUCCUGGAGAGCCAUGGGAUAGAUGUACAGAGUCCAGGAGGCCAUUCCAACAGUGAUGAUGUUGACGGGAAUGACUACUCCGAGCAGGAUACUUGGCAAGUACGCAAUGGGGAGGAGGAGGAGGGAAGAAGUUCAGAGGGAGGCAGAGAAGCAGAGAAGGUAGAAGAAGAGAGGAGGAUCUGAUCCAAACAAGAUGACAGCACGAGCCAUAGUGACCACCAAGACCCCAUCUCAUUAGCUGUGGAAAUGGCAGCAGUGAACCAUACUAUCUUGGCAUUGGCCCGACAAGGAGCCAACGAAAUCAAGACAGAGGCCCUGGAUGAUGACUAAUCAGGGAGGGUUAAACAUGACAAGUUAACUUAGUUUAGACGUAGCACCUUAGCAGACUUUCCUCAGUCCUUAACAUGUGUUCUUACAGUAUAACUUGCAGUUUCUUGUAUGUCAGGUAGCCGUUAGGGUCUUGUUCUGUGAAGAUGGCAUGGUGCCCUCAGCCUUUGCAUAUACUCUCUCAGUAUUAAUUCCCAGUAAAUAAUAACCAACCAACCAACCAAACUCCCUCUCCCAGCCCCUGAGGCUAGAAAAUCUUGCUGCUCCGUCUUAGCAUUCCACAGAAGUGCUUCCAGGUAUUUAGAUAGCCCUCAGUUUUCAAAUAUUAGGCUGUGUGUAAAAUCUUGGGUACCUUUAGAUUCAUAUAACACUAGUCUGUACCCCCUUUUCCUUCCCCAAGAUUGGUAGAAUGCAAGCUGAGGUAGUGGCACAGGAUUGACAGACACCAUUUGGGGAGUAUGCACAGAGUGAAAGGAACACUAGAACCCCCACCUCAGUGUGAGAAUCACUGAUUUCAGCUGCAAUAAGCCGUGCCUCAUUAUAGUCACACUGUGGCUAGACUAUACUUCUUUGGGUGCUGUGCUAAGAAUGUCAAUGGAAAACUCGAUCUCAGAUUUUGGUUGAUGUUAACAUGCCUGACACAGACAUCCUUUCCUCUCACAAGCUGUGUGACUUAGUAGAUAAAAUACUGCCUUCUGCCUUUGGGACCAUGAUUUAAAACAAAACAAAAAGACAAAAAAAUUACAAAAAAAAAAACCCAGCUUGAAAGCAGUAUGAGCCGAAUGUCCGAUGGAUGUUAAGUCCAGCUCUCUGAACCACUGUACAUUCCGCAGCACAGUUCUCGGUGCCUGCCUAGAAAAGUCUUGGAGGUUAUCGUGGAAGUUGCUUUUCUCCUAUUGGUGUCCCCUUUCCCUGCUACCAAAAAAAAGUCUUUGGAGCUAAGGUCAAAGAUGAGUGAAAGAACGUAGUCUUUGUAUCCAUUAACGGAAGCCCCUCAAUCUGAGUCAGUAGAGGACUUUGUAGGGGAUUGUGCUGACUAUCACAGAUGCAAAAACUUGCCCAAAUAGAGCGAAAAAAGCAGGGGACAUUUACCAUUUACAUUGUGAGUGUGCAAGAUACAAUGGGAUGUAACUGCUUUGUUGUUCUCUUUACUCUGUCCUUGUAGAGGUAUGAAAAGCUAUAUUGCUACAGGCAAUUUAUUUAAUAAUUGGAAGCCAUAUUGAUAAUAGAUGUGGUAAUAUUUGUAAAGUUUAAUCUACUUUAAGCAGCAGUAACUAAUGGAAUUUUUUUCCUUGAUCACAUAUGUAGCACUUUUGUUACUUUUUAAAGAUAUUUAUAUUUGAUAAAUCUUUUUUCAUUUUGAGAACUCAAAAUACCAAACAGUGAACUUGCGUUUAAAGUCACCCUGUGAUCACCUUGUCAUCCAGUAGCAAAAUGAUGAACUAUUCAUGCAUCAAAGAAAAUUACAUCUGCUGGCCUUGUAUGAAAGUGAUCUCCUGGCAUCGCGAUUAAAUGACACACUGUCACUGUGGGUGAGAAGAAAGAGCUUUCAGUGGCAGGGUAGGGUGCGUCUGAAAGAGGCACAAUGGCUGUGUGUUUUCUGCCUCAUUCCAUCUCCUUCAUACGUCUUCAUGUAUCUAAGCCUUGUUUAAAGGAGUGUGUGGGCUGGCGUUGAGCAAGGCUUGUGUCUCUACCAUUAUCUAGAAACAGUUUCUAAGAUGGAAGGAAGGUGCCAUUUCCCCUUCUCCCUCCUCCCUCACCAAAUGUAUUCGAAGUGAGAGAGAAGAAAGAUUCCUGACUUUGUCCUUGUUUUCCCCCUCUCGUUUGUGGGAUUUUGAAUAUCUGCCAGUUGUUAGCUGGUCUCACUCCACUUAAGACAUACACUGACAGGUCCUCCCCUUAGCCGUAAAUCCUGCUUAUAUAUAAGUAUGAAGAAGUCUGCGAGGGCAUUAGAAUGCCAUCUACCUAGUCUGUGACUUUAAAGAUCUGCAGUAGGGCCUGGUCCUGCCAGUGGGGAAAAUAUAUGCACUUUUUCUCCCAGCUUCCAAGAAUUCAAGUAAAACUGAGCAGUCUUCUCUGUCUUACUGUGUUACUUGAACCAACAAAUUCAAGAGUAGCAUUUAUUAUUCUCAGGAAUGAGCCCACCACCACCACACACCUAGUCAUAUUCUUUCUUGGUUUAUUUGACUUAUUUCAGUUGGGAGAUUUUGUUGGCUUUAUUUCCUUUUUAGAAGAAAUAUGUUGUAUCUUUCCUUUUUGGUGGAUUUUUUUUUUCUUGGCUUAUUCUCAGUUGAGUCAGAAAGAACAAGGGGAGAAAGAAAUGUAUUCUCUGACAAGCUACUUCCAUGAUUUAUUGUGGGGAGAUUAUUGUAAUUGAUGGCUUCUUUACGAUGGGAUUCCUGUGUCAUCUGUUCUUGCCUUUUUAAAGGAACAGACCCAAACUGCUAAGACAGCUGCAGUUUCUAAAGAAAUUCAGUGAUUGCCAUAGAAAGAGCUAGAAUGCUUCAUUGUUUCAAGGCUUUAAAAGAAGCAAAGAGAUGUCGGAGAAUAUGGUGGAGCUGGCAGUGUGUAGGCAAUGCGGACCCUGUCUUGGAGUGUGGUGACAGUGAGGUGGCAGGCACCCUGGGGGUGGGGCUGUGGAGGAAGGCUGGGGAGGGGUGCCUGCUAGGACUUUUGCUUUUUACCAAGAAGAAAAAGUUCCUUCUUUGGGGUUAAGAUUGAAAUAUACCAUCAGAUUUCUGUUUGUCUCCAGGUUCACUCUGGCUAUAUCUUGUCCAGACCACCUUUAGUUCUUAUAAUGGCAAAUAGAGCUGCCACUGUUUGAUUUUUAGUAUCUUUGGGUGGUAAAUAUUUUCUUAAGUUUUUUUCAGGUUUUAGAUGUGGUAUUAAAAUAGAAACCCUACAGUGCUCUAUUACUAAAGGGAAAGGAGCCAGGCUCUUCAAACUCACACUUCUCCGUGUCUCUGCCCCUGCUUUCAUCUCUGUCUGUAUUUCUCCAGGCCCCAGAGGGCUCUUUCAGGGACUAUUCUUCCUGGUUGAGGAAGACUCUUAACAGUGAGGUGUGAGGUGACCUUGCCAGCCAAGUAUUCAUGUGGUUUGUCCUUUGUUAUUUUUUAGAUACUUUAAUCGGAUGACUGUGGUCAGAUGGGUAGACUUCCCUUCCUUCCUGAAACACUGGACAUGGGACUUUUCAGGAUGGACCAUCUGCCUGUGGAUAACCUUACUAGCAGAUGGAAGCAGGCGAGGGGACACAGGAAAUACACUCUUACCUAGGCUUUCUAGCACCAUUCAACACUAAGUAGACAGUUUCUUUCAGCAUAACAUAUAAUGUAGAAGUACCCCAUAAAACAAAUUUCUUCCCAAUUUUUGUCCUUUAAGUGCCCCAUCACAGGAAAAGGACACCUGGGACAGACAAGCCAGGAGCCCGGUUUAAAGUACCUUUCACCCCAACUCAGUAGAAGUAACCCCACAAAAGACUUGAAAGAGGAUGAUCAUUAAUACUGAGUUACACAAAUCCAGUUCUCCAGUUCCUGAAAGAUUUAUGAUUCAACAAUACCCAUUUUAGGUCCAGAUGUCUGGAUAUAUUUUUACCUCAAAGGGGAUAACACAUGAAGAAGUCACUGAGGUUGUUUCAAUUCUACCUAUUUGGCCUUUGUCUUUAGGGAAUCUUGAUUUUAAAAACUUGCCUCUUGGAUACCAAUCAUCAGGCACCAAGUAUAAUAGACUCUCAGUCAAUAAUCUGCCACUUCCUGUCUCUGAAUAGCUCCUCUUCCAUUUUCUAAGUGUUCUACCAUGGUGCCCUCAUCUUGAGUUGACUUUACUAGAACUGUUAAUCCUCUGGCCACAGGCAAAGUGGGUGGUUCACCCAUCUCUGAACACAGACCCCCUCCUGUGAUGGCCAGCUUCAUGAUGUCUGCCCACAACAGUGGAAUUGAGUUCUAUUCCCCAAACAACUGCCCACCCUGUCCUAGAAAUGUGAACUUGAAGCCCUUUUUCCCUUUGAUCCUAAGGAGGAUUUGAUUAGAAGUAGUCUUCCCUUUUAGCUUAUGGCUCUGCCUUUUAAAAUUGCCUUUUAUCUUUUGUUCAGAGAACAACCAGAGUAUUUUUUUUCCCAGUGAGUCUCAACAGAUUCUUAGGCAAUAAUUUUCCUUGUGGUUGAUGAUCUUGUGUUCAGUAGUUCUCCACAUUUAAUAGUUAUGACCUCCUACGUUUUGUGUUGGUUUCAUGUUAAUCUUUGUGAUCAAAAUCCUAAGCCUGAGUGGGGGUAGAUUUCUUUCCUUUUGUUGUGAUUUUUAGUGAUGUUUGACUACUGUAUUCAUUGGGGCUGCAUCAAGACCAGCCAGAUCCAUUUAUAGCUUUACUGAGCCAGAUUUAUUUGUCAAGUUUUCCCAAGUAAAAGUUGGGCACAUUGACCAGCUCUGCUGGUGGUGUCUUCAGGAGAAUGGGAGUGGGGCGGGAGGUCUAGGGCAGGAGUGGGUGUUUCAUGUGUACAGCAUUCCUUUUUCUGUGUACUCUUUAAAUAGCAAGGAUGUUUACUCAGGAUCACUCGUCAGCCAUAUUGGUUUUGGCAAACUUAGCUCAUGCCCUGAAAACUUUUUCUUCGCUUACUGUUUCUUCAUUUCCAUAGUGUCUGGCUUAACGUAGCCUGAAGGUAGUGUGUACCCUGAUGGGAGUGGAAGAUUUCCUGGGAAGGAACUGUGAGUGGCCAGCUUAUUUCUGAGGAUUUCAUGGUAGCGUGCGGUCAGAGCAGAGGCCCUUUCUUUUUCUGUUUUGUGGUUUUCUUCAUUAUCCACUUUUGGUUUCAAAGAUGCCUAUCACUUAAGAAGAGAGAUCUCCUUAUCGCUCUCAAGAGAACUAACAUACAACAGCAGCAGCAAAGCCUGUUGAGAUGCAGCACACCAACACACCAGUUUCCUAUUGACUCAAACUCCUCUGAACACACAGGGUAUAUUCAGAAAGGCCAUUGUCAGUGCCCUUUCUCUACAAACUGAAAGUGAGAAGCCCUGUCCUUGCCUCCUACAGGACUGAUGUUUGACUCGCCUCUCAGGAGUGCAACUUCGUUCCUAUCUAGGUACCUUCAAAAGCUGGAAGUUUGUAAAUUGAGAAUUUUUUGAAUCCAUUCUAUUAUUCUUUCUUUGUGGGGAUGAGAAAUCACAACAGAAAGAAAGUUGACAAUAUAAGAAAUAGAGUUUCCGAUACCAGUUUCUUUUGCAAUCAACAGGGGAAGAGAGGAGUGAGGGACAGUCUGACUGCACCCCCUUCUCAUCUCACUGACUAUGUAUAGAUGCCUUGGCAUUGCAAAUGUGCAGGUCCUGGAACUUUCUUUCAUUAUUCUUAACAUUUGGGCAGAACUAACUCUAGCUGAUCUCAUUGGGGUGAAACCUGACUGGUCUUUCUGCAAUCUGCAAGUUUAUCGCGCACAUCCCACACCCAUCAGGGUGAAACCUGACUGGUCUUUCUGCAAUCUGCAAGUUUAUCGCGCACAUCCCACACCCAUCAGCCCCAACAACAGCAGGACACGUCAGCAGAGGAAGCUUUGCAGCUGUCCUCUGCUGACGUCCCCUUUCUGUGGCCAGUCUCAGCAGUAGUCCUCAUGCCCAGAGUCUGAACCUCAGUGCAGUGGCCUUGGCAGUGGGCAGCAGGAGCACAUGCAGCUUGGUAUGUGCUUGGGAAGUCCUGGGAGGGCAGCUUCCCUGACUCCAUUUUCAUUUUCUCUUUUAAAUAAGACUGGCUGUGUACAGCCAUAAUUAACUCACAAAUUCACAUUGGUGUGCUGUGAUCAAAUGAAGGUUUGGCUGAAUCUCUUCAAAUUGUAACCAUGGUAAUUGAGGGGGGUGGCAAAGAAUGAAUAUAUAAAAAUAUAAUGGCAAUUGUUCUGAAUGACUGAGUGUCCUCCUGACAUGUAAUUAGCUGUUUUAGCAGGAUGUAGAUUGGCAUGGUCAUAAUUAAGAGGAUUUCUGUCCUUUAUGUGAUUGAAAAUAGCAGAGCUUCCAUCCCUGUUCCUUUUUAGCACUAAUGCUCCCAAGAACAUUUGGAACAGCAACUCAGUAAACUAAAAUAAUGACACAGUAUUCAUGUGGUCCCAAAGUAGAAGAGAAAGAUUUGGAGUUAUUUUAGUUCCAAAAUGGAAGCCACUCAUUGUUGCCCACCAUCUGACUUCUAGUUCUUGAAACUGCUCUCACAUCCACUUUCAGCCCACUUCACCUGGGGCAGGAACCGAAGUCGGAAUCCCAGCUGCCAGCCUGGGACAGCCUGGGGCUGCCUGCACCCACUUGCUGGCCUUCACUCCUGGUGCCUUGCUGGCCUGACAUGGCGACAGUCACAGCCUCCGGGUAUUUCUAUUGCCAUCACCGGUCACUAUUCACCAAGCAGAACUUCAUGGGGGCGAAUGGCAUUUUCCUCCCUGGAUCAUAGGAUCCAGAGCAGAUGAUACGAAUGGAACCUGGCGCCUGUAGUAUUCUGAAGUCACCAGGGCAGGAGGACGCGUGAGUCUGCCCCAGCUCCUCACUUGCCACGAGGAGGGUGCCACCUUAGGUGACUCCACUGUGUCAGUGGCUUGUCUCCUCUCCCUUCCGCUGUCCUCUAUCCCCGCUGCGCCUGCCCUGAGGGGCAUCACAUGAUCUUUACACUGUCUGUGGCCCUUGCUCUUCUCCUGCUGAAGCGUCACGUUGGGUAGGAUCCAAGACGCGCUGGCCUUUCUCUGGCUGGCUUGGUGUUUUUUGUUGCUUGAGGGAGCCUUUACCUCACUAUUCCAUCAAGAGCCUGCAGGAGCGUGGCGGCCAGCAGCGCCACGGGCCUUCUUAACCCAUCCCCUGUGUGCUCAGGAGUCAUGCUCUGGGAGCCUGGGGCCAUUUGCCCGUCCUCCCCAAGGCUGGACACUCCAGGACUGGUUAGUAGUCGCUGGAGAAAACUCAGCACUGGUUUUUUCCCUUCUUCUUUUAGUGUUUGUCCUUAAACAAGCCUUUCUCACACCUCAGGAGCAGCCCUUGCCUAGCUGACCUAUUAGUUACACUUCCGUUUCCUGAGGAUGCCGAGAGGUGGCUGCCUGUUUAGAACUAUCCUCUUCCCCUGUCCCCAGACACACAGUUUAGAAGGUUUUUAUGCCUCUUAUCCUUCCCAAAAUACCUAAGAAAUGUAUAGAAGUUGGGCUAGUACAGGGAAAAGAACCUGUGAAAGAUUUUUAUUCAGCGCUUCUAUAAACGCCACCUUACCCGUCACCACCAACACACGCGCACGUGCACGUACAUCUACAGUCACUGAAGGCUGCUCUCUUUGGGAUCUGUCAGUCUCUGGGACAAUUGAUUAUGGGUUUAUAACCCCAAAAAGCAGAGCAUCCCUUAUCUUGUUUUCAAAGCUACUGAAAGGGGACUCUGCAUUAACACUUGGAAUCUGCCCUAGGACUAGAGACUCUAAGAACUGACCAGAUGGGCUAAUUCUGUGAUCUGUGAGACAUGCACCAAGACAGCCAGCAGAAGGUGGGACCUCCUUACAUGAGCUGCUGGCCUAGGGAUCUGAGUCCCAGAUGUGCUGCCCCAGGGACAGUGCUACUUACACAGACGUGGCCCUGCUUACAUUCUCAGAUGUUCCCAGAGGCUACUCUGAUCAAACAACCCUACACCAGAUGUUCCUGUACCACCAGCAGCCCACCCUCCCCCAAGAAUACCCCUCACCAAACUGAUGAAGACCUAGGUAAUACUCACGAAGUCAGCUUCUUGGAAGAAAACAGCAAAAGUAAAUUGUCUUUGUAAGAAUCUAGAGGGAAGAUGCUGUCAUCUGUAACCCUGAUAGUACCGGAGACACUACUAUUCCUUUGAGUUCUCAGCUCAGAAGAGCACCUGACACACGUGGUGUUCCCUGGACACUGGGCCAAGUAUCUGUACUGCCGCCCCGAUCCUCAGGGAGGCCCACACCCUCACCCUGCAAGCCAGAUGAGCCUCCAGCGCGUGCUGCUUCUAGUAGGAUGCAAGGCAGGGGGGACCUGCUCACCCCUGCUGCUGAAGUCGUGUCUGUCAACCUGCUUCCUUUUCUCCUGGGACAGCACUGGCCGUCCAGUGCAACAGCACACCAUCACAUGGCCCCUUCUCUGUGAGCUGAGUACCCUUUGACGUGGAGCCAGCCAGGAAGAGGACCCAACCCCACACCCUUCCUCCACAGCCCUCCCUGAGGCCUCCUCCUGGGUCAGAGUCACCGCAGGCCCCACAGCUUGUCAGGAGGGGCAGAGCACAUGCAAGCGGGUGCUCCUUGCCCCACCCCGCCCCCGCACAGCAGUGGAGGCAGAGUGGCACGUCCAGUGUCUGCUGCUCUCUCUUCAGCUCUCUUAGCAACUUCCCAGGUUCCUGCUCUGUCCAAAUAUGGUUUUGCUCAGCCCUUUCCUCACCCUCCGUCCUCUGCACUGUAGUCUUGAUGGGAGGCAGCGGGGUGUGGGAACUGGGCUCUGGUGUUGUGGUAUUGAGCCUCCGCCUUGCCUUGUGCCUCCCUGGCUCCUUGGAAGCCUUAACUGGCCUAUAAGUAGCAGCUACAUGGAGACAAACCCAGAUUCAGGCCCAGUAGGGAACUCUAGUGUCCAGAAUCCAGGAAAGAUUGAGCUGCCUUGGGGUAGAGGUUUUGGGCCCUGUCCUGCCAGGGUUCAUGUGGGGGCUCAGUGACUGGUCAGGAACACUGAAGAGGAGACACAGGCUCCAAACGGACCUGAAAAUUCAGCUAACGAAAAUUCUGUGCCCUCUCCCUUUUCAGCUCUUUCCCCAUACUUGAUGGGUUCUCUGGGUAGUAGUUCUGUCACGUUCUCUCUUCUGAUCUGUGUCACAUCCUAGGCAUCCUUGAAGCCCAAGAGAGUGAAAACAGGAGCAAGACCACAGGUGUGGGCAGUCCUGGUAAGACAGUCUACCAGGUGACUAGUUAGGGCUGGUUGUGUUGUUAGCUGGCAAUGGGGAGUAUCUUACCCAGCGCUCAUCCCCCAUGAACACCUUAAUUUGGAGGGGAAAGGGUAUGUGUGCCUUUCAUUUUUGUACUGAUCCAGAUUUUGCUUCUCUGGUGGUGGUCAGAUGACGUGGAAAUUUAGAACAGGGGCCACUGCUUGGUGCUGUGCAAGGAGGGAGCCUACAGGGGUCCCGGGCAGAAGCAAGACUUAGGACUUGUGGUUUCAAGGUGUGUUCCUCCCUCUAGGAAUUGCCAGCGUCCCAGCACUUCCAGGUGGAGUCUGAACAGUCUUGUUCUGUGGCUUCCUUUGAGCACAGAAACCUCUCCCAUUUUUGUUUUAUUGGAACUAAGAGCCCAGCAUAAAUGUGAGCGUCACUUUCCCACCUCGACGUUCACUGAAGCUGUUAAACUGGAAACAAGGAUGUCAGUGCUGCGUCAGUGUGAGCCUCUGCGGUGCCACACUGUCCUUUCUGUGUUGGGGCCAGAGCCAGGGGCAGCACAGGCUGAGUAGCCCACGUGCACUCUCAGGGGAUGAGUGAAGCACCUCCCUGCAGCUCUGGAAGUGGCCACCAGGAAGGCCAAGCCAGAGUUCCAGGGUGAGGGCAGAGUUGGCUCUCCACACUCUGGAAGCUCUGGCCGACCCUGUAUGUAGCACUUUGGGGUGGCCCGUGGCAGCCCAGCCUGCUGCCUUAAUGGCUGCAGACUGGGGAACUGGAGAGGCCUCUGCAGGCCCCUGAGCCCUACAUAGAUCACUGGCUUCUUCACACCUCCCGGCUGCAAGGUGGGAUGCUCUCUCUGCUAGAAUGUGCCAAGAUCACGGCAGUGGCGUGCCCCAAAGAGCCCACAGCCUUCUCUGAUUUCCCCCCGGGCUCGCCUCCCUCCCAGGGGCAUGUUGGGUGUAUUUCCAGGAUAAAUUCUUAUUUAUGUUUAAGUGCCUAAGCAAGUUACAGACCUCUGGGACCUGCCAGAGAGUCAGCCUGUGCCCUGUCCUUCCCACCCUGCACCUGGCCCUCAGGGUGGGCAUCGAGUGGCUGCCCCUCCCUACUGCCCCUAGCUGUUCUGCAGGCAGAACGACCACAAGGGUAAGCAGUGGGGAGAGCUCUUCCUGGCCCGCAGGCUGGCUUCGUCACUGUUCCCUGUUUCUUUCGUCGGUGUGCUUAUGUUCUUGGUUCGUAGAGAAUUUUGGGGAGUCUGCUUAGCCAUCUCGCUGGCUACUGAGCAAUGGGGACAGGGAAGCAGGACAGUCUCAAAGCAGAAUCUGUCUGGUAGCAGUUGGAGGAUGCACCCAGAUCCAGGAGGGCAGAGGUGAAGCAAGCACAGCCUGAGCCUGGUGCCUCAUCCCUCCCCAAUCGCAGGGGCAGGGCGCCUGCUCACAAAGGCUGCCGGUAGGGUGUUGGGCAAGAUCCAGCGUGCAGCUUUGGGAGUGAGUGUGAGAGUGUUUGCUUCUUUAGAGUGAUGUAAGUGUGACCUAGCUAUGGCCUUUAUUCCAGGUGAGUGUAGGACAGAUGUGUUGUGACUGUGCUCUGUUCAGAUCACAUUGCCAAGCAGCACACCGAGGACCUGUGGGUACAUGAAAAGGUUUUGCAAAAUGGAACAAUCCCUACUCAGGCACUUUAUUUUCAUUAAUAACCCAGCAUUUUCGUUCAGACCAUGUAACAACCCGAACUCUGUGCAUUCACACACGGCGUGUGGGAAGGCGUGCCAGUGGAGUUCUGCCAGGAGGAGAAGGGCAGGUGGCUGGGUUGUGUCACACCAGAGUGCCACCAAGCUGUGGUGCAGACCAGGCCUGUCUGGGGGUGAAGUCACACAGCUAGGGCAGCGGCACCGUCCUCCCUUAGGUCCUGCCCAGUGCUGGCAGUUGCAGUGUUGCUGAGCAGAGGUGGUGUGAGUGGGGGUGCAAGGAGAGGCAGGCAGCAGGGGACCUGGCCGCCCUUAACUGGAUCGAACACUCCAGUCAGAGCAGAGUGCUGAGGAGUGAGGUCAUUCUAGACAAGUACGCUUGUUUUAGCAUCUGUUGUGGGCCGGGCACUGGCUGGCAUGGCAAGUUUUGUAGGAGGGGUUGUACGGUCCAAUCAGGUGCCCCAGGCCAAAGGGGCCAUGAUUCCCAAAAGUAUUCUGCUGCCACCAGACUUUCAGGUGUCAGAUGGGCCGUGAAGGAUCCUGCCAGAUGAGUGGGCAGCACAGCCCCUCCCUGCCUUGGCCAUUGUGUCUUAGUUUUUUGUGUUUCCCUUUGGGUUCCCCCCAUCUCUGUCCCCAUCUUGUGCACCAUGUGUCCCUGAGGGCGAGUCACACCUGUGUCUGAGUCUGCUGUAUGGUGUUCAGUCUACCUCAAGGGUCAUCAUGGUAAGCUCUGUCCACACGAAUCCUCCUUACACGCCACACACUGGAAUGUAUAUCUCCCUGCCCUCCCGCCCUCCAUAGCCCCUGACCCCGUGUUUCCUGUAAUCACAACUCCUAGUGCAAAUUGGAUGCUGCUUUAAAUGUGAAAACAAUUGUUCAAAAGCUAUAAAACCUGAAUGAAAGCUAAAGCUGAAUUUAUAAGCCUUGUUGCAUAUGAGCCAAAAGUGCAAAAAGCUCUAUAUACUGAACUAACCUGCCACUCGUAUAAAUAUAAAUAUAUAUAAAUAUAUUAAAAUCAGACUGUUCUACAAAAUUGUGUAUUUGUAUUUUUGUGUACGUACAAUUUUCUGCUAAGCAGAAGGAGGAUGUAGUAUAGGAUGCUGUGAGAAAAGACUUGGUUUAAUCCUGUUUCUUUGUUACUUAUUUUUGUUAACAUCAGAUGCCUGUCCUUGUCUUCUGUGUUGACACUGUUUGGAAAGCUGCAGCAUCUCUUCCUUAAGGCCAGGGUCCACGAGAGGAUGAUGUCUGGGGCUUUUGAGCUGUUGCAGCCAACAGCCACCCAACAGGGAGUGUGGCUCAUGGAAGCCCCGGGUGGAACCCGGAGCCACUCAUGGACCUUUGGUGGCACGGAGGGGAGGGAGGGCUGACGCACUUCAGACCAGGCUUGGCAUUCUGACUUGCCCCUGGGAAGCAAAUCUCACUUCUAGAAACCAACUUCCCAACAGAAACGUCAGCUCCCCCUAACAGACUCCACUGGGCCCAUGGGGAGUCGGGCGGGAGAGCUCUGUCUUGGGAACAGGACCUCUGGUUUCUGGGCCAUCGGUCUGCCCAGGAAGCAGCAGGUAGCUCUGCCUGGCUGGUGCCCAGCUCCCCUUCAUAGCAGUCGCUGCCUCUUUGAGGUUAGAUUUCCACAUGCCUCCCGCGGAGCUGCCCCGCUUCACCACCAGACCUCCAGCCCACACCCUGGGGCAUCUCAGAGCCCACUCUGCCGGUGCUAAACACAAGAGGGGGUUAAAGUGGCCACCAGUAAAGACCAGAGCCUGCCUCCAAAGGCCAGGCUGAAAGAUGAGCUCCGGGUGCCCACCGUUGCCCACCCACCUCAGCCCCCCAGUCCCUCGCUGGGAAGUGUCCCUAGGGAGAGCGAUGCUGCAUCUUCACCUGUAGGACUCAGUUCACGGCAGUGUGUGACUGUAGCAAGCGGCCCUUGUUUCUGGAUGUAAAUGGUCAAAGAAACAAGUGCUCUAUUGUAUUGAUUAAAAUAGUUCUAAUGAGUCCUGUUUCAUUGUAUCUCCUAUUCUGGAUUAGUGCCUUUUGGACAGUAGACUGUUCUGUAAUUAAAAUGUAGUAUAUACUGCUUUUUUGUACAGUUUUGUUUUAAUAAAACUUUUUUUUAAUUUGUGUUUAUUUUAGUAUUGUACCUAUUAGAGAAUAAAAUGUAUAACUGAA